AUGAUUGUACCCAGUAUUCAUUGCAGUAUCGCCCCUCCAGAGAAACGGUUACUGACGCCACGUGUGACGUUAGUUACGUUAGUGAAUCCAUACGUUUCUUCCAUCUUGAAUCCGCCACUAAAACUUUCAUCAAGCAACCUUUAUGGAGUCAACAAAUAUUCAUUCAGUUACGCCGACCAGUCUCUUAGUAGUGACUUCAAAGGACGAUCAAAGUCGAUUUUUCAAUUGAAUUUCUUAAGACAGCAGCAAAAAAAAUACGCACAUGCCUUCUCAUACCACCACUCACAAUCAACCUUCGUUAGAAACGUUACUCGGAAUGAGCCGAGAGUGGUUCUUUGCAUUGGCCUUUUUCAUAUUAGCCUCUUCGUGUUUGUUCGCCAAAUAACCCUUAAACAUGCACUUAUAAAAUUCUGCCGGAAAAACUGUAGAGCGCGGUCAAAUUUGUCUUCUCACAAGGUAGGGUUCUUCCUUGGCACGGCAGUAGUUCUCAAUAGCAACAGGCCCAUUUCCCCUAAAUUCGACAACGGCAGGGCGGAGGCUGUGCCGGAGAGAGCGUAUUGGAAGAUGACCUAUUUGGCAAAAAGUCGAGGAAGCAACCCGUUGAUUCAGCACAAUAUACACUCGAGCCUCCCCUAUCGAUAGAUUUAUGGACUGAGGAAGAUUCAAAUAGCCCCAAACUCCUCCUUUCGUCCCUCCGCGGUGAUAGACCACUCGACUAGUCACCGGAAAACAAUCUAGAACCACCUGGAGUUGUCAAAUUUCGCAGCAUAAACGAG